AGUACAGGUGUUGUUUGCCAUAGACAAGAAUGUCUAAAGUUUUAUUUCUUAUUUAUUUCUGAACUCUUUGAGAUACGUUUGAGGAUGUAUGUGCAGCACUCUGGAUCAGCUAUGAAAAUAAAACUUCUCAUGAUGUGCUUGGCUGCUGCACUCAUGGCAGUAUGUCAUGGUUGUGCUACAGGAAAGGAGUUCAUCACAACAUUUCUUCCUAACUACCAGCGUACUGCUGAAAAAGACCACCGUCUCCAUGUGGUUUUGACUGCUCACGGGUCUGAAGCCAGUGUUCAUAUACAGGUGGCUUCAGUGGAUUUCUCCAGGCAGCUGACCCUCUCUGCAGGUGAAAGCCGGUGGGUUUCUCUUCCAUGUGGAUCUGAGCUGCAACAGCAGUUUGUUACUCCAAACUCAGCAGUACGAAUCUCAUCUAGUGCUGAAAUCUCUGUGGUCUCUUUCAACCGUCGCCACGCCACGGGAGAUGGCACAGUGGUUUCCCCAACAGCAGAGCUUGGUACUGACUACUUUGUGUUCACACCCUCAGGAAGCAUUAAGUACAUGGACAGGCUACUGGCUAUCGUUAAUGGCAAUAGCUACAACCAGAUCACCAUCUUACCUGGUGCUGAUGUGUUGCUAAGAGGUGGAUCUAGGUGGCAGCGUGGAAAAGCAGUGACUGUUAUCCUGGCACCCUAUGCAUCCUACCUUGUACGAAGUCAUAAAACAUUGACAGGCAUGCGGAUUCAAUCUCAGAAUCCUGUAGCGGUCUUGGCAGGCCACCAGUGUCUGUCUUUGGGUUUGAAGUGUGAACAUGUGUAUGAACAGCUUCCUCCUUUGGCAAGCCUUGGUAAAGAAUACAUGGUACCCACGACCAGCAACUGUAAGGCCAUAAACUGGGCAGUGAUAGUAGCUACUGAAGACAACACUGAGGUGACACUGCACAAGGGAAAACUCUUAAACAAACAGAAACUAAGGAUGGCUGGAGAUGUCACCUUGCAGAAAGUGAUCUUCAAACAUCCACUGGUUGUCGAGAGUGACAAGAAAGUAAUGGUGCUGCUUCUUAGCAACAAUAAACCAAAUGACCCUUUUCUGAUAACGCUGACUCCUACCUGCAAGCUUGCUACUGAUUGGGCAGUUGAGACAGUGGGCGGGAUUCCCAGUACUGUUGCCAUCCUGUCAGAGAGGGAGGGGGCAGGUAGUGUGAAGGUGUGUCUUAAGGCUCGGUGCCUUUCACCUAAGUGGAUAAACUUCUUGUCAGAUAAGCGCUGGGUGUGGUCCAAUGUACCAGUGGGGAAAGAGCAGAGUCAUGUGACAGUGGAAGGUGAUGCCCGUAUGGCAGUCUACGUCUACGGUGGGAAAUACCGCCAUGCGUAUGGCAUUGCUGGAAUUUGUUCUGAAGGUCACUCCACCCCUGCACCACCCACUGAUCCAUGUGAACAGGUAAAAUGUCAAGUAAAGGAACGCUGUGUGAACGGAGCGUGUGUCCAUAUUUCCACAUCAACCUGCCGUGUGAUAGGUGACCCACACUACUUGACAUUUGAUGGCAGACGCUAUGACUUCCAGGGUUCCUGCACUUACAUUAUGGCAACAGUUGCAAAGACGGCAUCUGACAUUCUGCCUUUCACUGUGAUGACCAAGAAUGACCACAGAGGUAAUCGGCGAGUUUCAUUUGUGAGGACUGUAACUGUCAGUGUUCACAAGCAGACGAUUGUCAUAGGCGGAAACAGAAGACAAAUACAGGUGAAUGGAGAACUCCAGUACUUGCCUGUCAGUUUGUUGGGUGGCCAGGUCUCCGUAAAGCAGAGUGGAGCCUAUGCUUCCCUCAACACUGACUUUGGUCUAACUGUAAAAUAUGACUGGAACAUGAGGCUGUAUAUCACAGUGCCAUCCUCCUACUAUCAACAUCUCAGAGGCCUCUGUGGAAACUAUAAUGGGGACAGGAAAGAUGACCUGCCUGAACCAAAAGGAUCCCGUUUCUCAGCUGUGCUGAAGAUGAUCCAGCAGUGGAAAGUGAAUGAUUCUGAUUUGUUCUGUCAUGAUAACUGUGCUGGUCGCUGCCCCACAUGUUCACUGCAGCAGCAGGCCCACUUCCGCCAACCCAAACUCUGUGGGAUUCUGACAAUGGCAGAUGGACCAUUUUCAGCCUGUCACAAAAAAGUUGACCCCACUUUGUACUUGGACAACUGUGUUUAUGAUGUCUGUGUCAAUAAAGGUGCAAGACAGAUUCUCUGUGACAACUUGAAGAGUUAUGAUGAUGCCUGCCUGUCAGAAGGAGUAAAAGUCAGCCCUAAGUGGAGAAAGGUUUCCAAAUGUUUCCUUUCCUGUCCAGCAGGUAGCCACUAUGAGGCGUGUGGUUCAGCUUGCCCUGGCUCCUGUGUGUCCCCAGACAGUGAAGCGCAAUGUAAAACACUCUGUGUGGAGGGAUGCCAGUGUAAUAAAGGACUGGUGCUUAGUGGAGACAGAUGUGUUUCUAAGUCUAACUGUGGAUGUCAGUAUCUGGGCAGAUAUUAUCCAUCAACCACUAUUUUCUGGGGUGAUAACACCUGCACCACCAGGUGUCAAUGCCUUAAUGGGAAAGCUGAGUGCACAUCAGUUACCUGUAUGAAGAACGAGCACUGUGCCUUGAAGGGGGGUGUAAGGGACUGCUACCCAGAAUCCUACGCAUCAUGCCAGGGCACUGGAGACCCCCACUACAGAAGCUUUGACAAUCGGAGAUUUGAUUUUCAGGGCACUUGCACCUAUAUCCUGUCACAGCUCAUCAAGGGAUCAGAGCAGAGCCUGGUACCAUUCCAAGUGCUGGUCCAAAAUGAGAACAGAGGGUCUAACAAGGCUGUGUCCUUCACCAAGUCUGUCUCUAUUAGUUUAUUUGGUAACUUCACUGUCAGCAUGAGUCAUACCAGUCCAGGACAGAUACUGGUAAACACUCAGUCAGUGAACCUGCCCUACUCCAUGGAAGAUGGCAAGCUUUCCUUGUUCCGGCGGGGUUACUUUGGCAUUGUGACGACAUAUUUUGGUUUGACGCUCAGGUUCAACUGGAACAGCCACAUCAGCUUGACUUUACCUAGUUCAUACUCUGGUUCUACAACUGGAUUGUGUGGAAAUUACAAUGGAAAACCUGCUGAUGACUUACUUAAAUCUGAUGGCACCCAGGCUAAGCACAUAAAUGCUUUUGGACACAGCUGGAAGGCAGGGGGAGAUCCUGGCUGCACUAGUGACUGUCCUGAUGGUAAAUGUCCUGAGUGUGAGCCUUCACUGCUACUGCAUUACCAACAGGGGCACUACUGUGGCAUCAUCGCUGACAAGUCUGGACCGUUUAGGCAGUGUCACAGUAAACAGGACCACACUCCCUUCCUCAGAGACUGUGUUUUUGAUUUGUGUAUGUACCAAGGCCAUUCCUCUGCCCUAUGCAACAGUCUGUCAGCUUUCAGCACCUCUUGUCAAGAAGUAGGAGCUACAGUGGAGAGUUGGAGAACUGAACAGUUUUGUCCUCCAUCGUGUGGUGCAAACAGUCACUAUGAGCUGUGUGCCUCUCCGUGCCAACUUACCUGCAGUGGUCUUACGCCCCCGGAGGGCUGUGAUGCCAGUGCUUUCUGCACAGAAGGCUGCGUGUGUGAUGAUGGAUUCAUGUUGAGUCAUGACAGCUGUGUACCUCUAGCAGAGUGUGGUUGUCAGUAUGAAGGACAGUAUUAUCAAAAUGGACAGGUGUUUUAUCCAGGAGAGUCCUGUAACACUCGUUGUGUUUGUUCAGAUGGUGGAAAAAUACAGUGUGAUCCUAAAUUUCAUUGUUCAGCCAAUGAAAAGUGUGUUGUGAAACAGGGUUUUGCCUAUUGUUCUCCCAGAAGUGUUGGUUCCUGUUCUGUGAGUGGGGUCCAAACAGUCAGGUCCUUUGAUGGACAGGAAUAUCCCCUGUGGGGAAACUGUGUGUUCAAAUUGUCAGAAGUGGAGGAGAACGAAGGAGGGAUGGCAGCCUUCUCUAUAUUGUUACAACAGCAAACCCAUAAGGAUGAUGUCCUCUCUCGCAGUGUUGAGCUCCUAGUUUAUGACAUGGAAAUCACUAUGGAGACUGGGGUUGUUUGGGAGAUUAAGGUUGAUGACAUUAGAGUCCCCCUUCCUGUGUCGCUGGCUGAUGGAAAAGUACGGGCACAUCAAAAUGGCAUCAACAUCAUCAUUGAAACUGAUUUUGAUCUGACGCUGUCCUAUGACACUGUGGCAGCUGUUUUCUUACAAAUCCCAUCGACCUAUCGCAACUCACCAAGUGGUCUCUGUGGCAACUAUAAUGGUGAACUGUCUGAUGACCUGGCAUUAGCCAGUAAGAAGCCAGCAGACGUAGCAGCGGUGUGGGUAGUAAAGAAGGACAACACUACCUGUGAGACGAGCUGUGGGGCCAGUUCCUGCCCUGAGCCAGAUGGACAAAAGGUCCCUGAAGCCAAAAAGGCCUGUGACAUCAUCAAAGCUCAGCAAGGCCCAUUUGCAGGCUGCCACGCAACAGUGCCACCCCAGCCAGAUUAUGACGCUUGUGUCAGGGAGCUAUCCACAGGUAAAGGGGGCACAGAGGUCCUGUGCCGUCACAUCCAGAAUUAUGUUACCGCCUGUCAACUAGCUGGUGCCAAGAUAAGCAAAUGGAGGAGCGACAGCUUCUGUGCUGUGACGUGUCCAGCAGGGAGUCACUAUGAGCUGUGCGCCACUGCCUGCUCCUCCACCUGCUACUCUCUGCAGAGGUCAGAGCCCUGCCCAGUGUGCCAGGAGGGCUGCCAGUGUAAUGACGGCCUCAUGUCUGAUGGAGUCGACUGUGUUCCUGUGGCGAACUGCGGCUGUGUAGUGGAUGGACAAUAUUAUAAGUCGAGUAAAACAGUAUUCCUGGAAAACUGCUCAGAGCGCUGUCUCUGCCAGUCUGGACAGUUCAGCUGCAACUCCACAAACUGUCAGGAGGGGGAGGAGUGUCGCAACAAGGAUGGAACAGUUGGCUGCUAUUCCACAGACCCUUGUUCUGAGGUUGAAUGCAGGGUUAAGGAGCACUGUGAGGCAUCAGAAGGCCAAGGAGUGUGUAUUCCUGAUUCCAAGGCCUUAUGUUGGGCUUUUGGUGACCCACACUACACCACAUUUGAUGGCUGGAGCUACUCAUUCCAGGGAACCUGCACUUACAUCCUUGUCAACACCACAGGUCUUGAUCCCUCCCUGCCAGAAGUAACUGUGACUACUAAGAAUGAGCUCCGUGGUAACGCUGAAGGUUCCUUUGUACGUUCAGCUACUGUGGAGAUGUUGGGCUACCAUAUAACCAUUCCAAGUGAUGACAGGGGUGUCGUAUUGGUGAAUGGUAUUAAGACAGUUCUUCCUGUCUUUCUUGAAGGGGGCAGCAUCUCCAUAUCAGAAUCAGGAAUAAAAGGCAUACUUCAGAGUGAUAUCGGCGUUGAAGUCACUUUUGAUUGGUCCACACUUGUCAUGGUGUCCAUCAGCAGCAGUUAUUAUGGCAAUGUUGCUGGCCUCUGUGGCAACUACAACGGCAACAAGGAGGAUGAGGUAACAGCUGCCGGAGGCAACAUAGCUGUUAAUGUGACAGAGUGGGUAGGGACAUGGAGCAUUAAUGAUGGCGACCCAUUUUGUUACCAUUACUGUGAGGGCCUUUGUCCUCAGUGCUCUGAGGAAGACCGCAUAAGGUUCACAGGUCCAGAGUACUGUGGGAUUCUGAGCGAUAAGAAGGGACCAUUCUCUGGUUGUCAUAGUAACCUGCCAGUAGCAGAGUUUGUGUUAGACUGUUUGUAUGAUGUCUGUAUUAAUGAAGGACGGCUUGAAGUACUGUGUGAGGCCCUGAGCAGUUACAUGACAGAGUGCCAGGAAGCUGGAGUGUCAGUAUUACCAUGGAGACAACUAGCCAACUGUUCUGUUACCUGUCCAAGCAAUAGUCACUACAAAGUUUGUGGUUCAGCCUGUCCAUCCAGCUGUAGUCCUCAGCCAGAGCUGUGCCCUAAGGUCUGUGUGGAAGGCUGCUUCUGUGACACAGGAUAUGUGCAGAGUGGAAGAGAGUGUGUUGUCAAGGAGACUGGCUGUGGCUGUAACCAUGAUGGCAGAUAUUACCUGCCCGGUGAGGUGUUCUGGGCUGACACACAGUGUGACAAGAAGUGUGUGUGUGAUGCAGCAACACAAAAGGUGCAAUGUGAGCGGACUGCCUGUCGAACCGGACAGAUAUGUGGUGUCGUAGAUGGAGUCCGAGGCUGUUACCCAAUCAGCUUUAAGAUUUGCACUGCACACGGAGAUCCACACUUCUACACCUUUGAUGAACGCAAGUUUGACUUUCAGGGCAACUGUGUCUACAAGCUGGCCAGUGUGUGUGGAGAUAGCAAAGGUCUGACGCACUUUGAGGUGAACCUGGAAAAUAACAACCGUGGCAACAAAAGAGUGUCAUACGCUAAAGUGGUGACUGUUAAAGUCUAUGGCAACACCUAUACACUUUCACUGGACUAUCCAGGCAAAGUGCUGGUGGAUGGGCUUGAAAAGUCUCUACCAUUCUCAUCCAAUCAAUCACUGGUCCAGGUUUAUCGCAGACACAGACUGGCUGUCCUUGAGACACACUUUCUUAAGGUCUCCUUUGACUUCGCAAGUGCAGUGAGGGUGGAGCUGGCAUCUAGUUAUCAAAAUGCAACCUGUGGUCUCUGUGGAAACUUUAAUGAUGAUCCUGCUGAUGACCUAAUGCUGCCCAAUGGACAGCUGGCUUCCAAUGCCAAUGAGUUUGGAGUGAGCCAGUGGCUGGCAAACGUAAAGGGCUGCUCCCAUGAGUGUAAAGACUGUGCUCAGCCUCUCCCUCCUGACUUCACACCACCAAGCUACACAUCAGUUUGUGAUGUUAUAACAGCAAAGGAUGGACCCCUGGCUGACUGCGUCGGCCGAGUGGAUUCCAGGCAGUACCACGACGACUGUAUCUAUGACAUGGUGCUUAAUGAUGACAAACAGAAAGCAGCUUGUGACAUCAUCAGCGACUAUGUGGAAGAGUGUCAGAGAAAAGGAGGCUGUGUGAAGUCAUGGAGGACGAGACACUUCUGUUGGAUGCAGUGUGCAGCAAACAGUAUGUACAGCAUCACAGCUCCUGGCUGUCCAAUCAGCUGCUCCUCUCUGUCUCCACCCGUUCAGUGUAAAACCCCACCCAGUGAAGGCUGUGUCUGUAACCCUGGUUUCCUGCUGAGUCAGGAUCGCUGUGUGCCACUGGCUGAGUGCGGCUGCCACUUCAAUGGUCAGUACAUUGUUUCUGGACAGAAAUUCUACGUUGACGCUGAAUGCCAGAGCUUCUGUGUCUGCCGUGGAGGGGUGGUGACCUGUAAGAACAAACCCUGCAAAAGACAGCAAAGAUGUGGAGUGCAGAAGGGAGUAAGAGCUUGUUACGCCAAAAGACGUUUCCCCUUCAGACAUCAUGGGAGAAAAGGAUAGAUACAUGCAGAGUGCCAUCUUCUCUUAAUUAAAGCAAUUCUUUAGGGAGCAAUGUUGUGUUUAGACUCUAAGCCUUAAUUUUUCAAUUAUAAUUAUAGAUUUUUCUGUGGUAACAGUCCAUGUAUUUAAUUCAUUGAUCUAAAAUGGUGUUUCACAAUUAAAGAUAGAAAUAGCUCAGUUGUCAAAAAUCUGAUCUUAAAGGUUAUUAAUAAAAAUAAUACAUAAUAUAAUGUUUCUUUUAAGUCACUCUGCUUACAAACUGCUGUUAUUGCAUUAACAAUUAAUGUUAAUGUAACCUGAAAUAGAUUGUUACAUAGUACUUUAACUACUGUGUAUUGCUGUUGCAGCUAAAACUACUUCAACAUACACUCAGUCAGUUUAUUCAGGUACACCUAGCUGAUAAUGAUAAACUAGUGCAGUCUCAUAUAACAGUCCUGCAAUAAAUCAUUAUCUUUCCUAAGGUCCUAAUGUUGUGUUUUCGUUGAAACUGAGAGGUAUUGAUUCAAUUCUAUGGUCAUUUUGGAGGUUGCUGUUUGUGGUGAUGUUGAAUUAUAUUGGAUGUACUGUUGUUGUAACUGUACUGAGAAGUGUUUCUAUUAUUUUGUCCACACCAUUUAUAUCAAAAGAUCUAAAAUGAUGAUGAAGAAUGAAGUUUCGACAGCACCUUUAUAAAAUUCAACAUCAUACAGUGUGUAACAAUAAUUUUAUCAUGUGACUUAGUAUCUUAUAAAAUAAAAGUUUUUAUACUCUGUUUAUUUUCAAUUUAAAAUGUUAUUGCUAGUCUUUACAAAACCAAUGAAGAUUUUUACUACUCUGUGGAGGACUACAGUAACAUUUUGUAAUCAGCUUCAUUAGUCUGUUCCUUCCACACAUAUAGUAUACAGUAACGUGUACAUCUAAGUGUUUCUAAUGAUCAUUAAACGUAUUUCAGCAGCAAA